AUGGCAGACUUGACGCAGCCAGACAGCGAGUGGGUCUUUGACUUCAUCAUGAACCUUUUCCAGUCGCCGGCGUGGGAGGUACCGAUCAUGAGUUUUAUCGACGAGAACUGUGCGAGCUUCGACACGGACGACGAAAACAAGUUCAUUUACACCGACUUGCACCAGCAGUUCCGUGACGUCGUCGAUGGCGUACUCACAGCAAACCUCGCGGAGAUCGGUAUUUCGUCCGCCGAAUUCGCCGACAUCUGUGUUCAGUGCCGCAACUCGACGGAGAUCAGCAUGGCUGUCGUCAACCAAAUACUGGCAAUCGACGACUUUCUCACGUUCAAAAGCUCAUGGUGCGUGAAGCGCAACCUGGAGCUUGAGCUCGAGGUCAUUACGGCCGCCGAGUGCAAGACCAUGCAAGACGAUGACAUGGACGUCAACGACUACGUCGAAGACUACUGGAUGGAGAUGGACCUGCUCUACAAGCAAGAAGAGAUGGAGCAAGCGGAACUAGAGGCUGCAAUCGCGCUUUCGAUCGCUGUCGAAGAGGAACGGUUUCGGCUGGCGUCAAUUCAAGCAAAAGCGGCCGAGGACAAGGCCAAGCACAAGACAGGCCUUGUCGACAUGGAGGUGGCGGAACAAGCGAUUCUGCGCGGAAAGGAGCAGGCCGAGGAGGUCUUUCGUCGCAACAAAAAGGUGCUUGCGGAAAAAAAGGAAAAGCACAAAGAGUUCCAAGAGCAGGCCGAAAUCUCGGAUUUUGAAAUUCGAAAGCGAGCUGAGUACUUGAAGGCGCAGCGCGACAAAAUUCUUGAAAAGAAGAAGAAGGAGCGCGAGGCCAAGCUUCAGGACUACCAAAAAGAGAUGAAGGUCACCUCACCCGAGCCGCCCGCCACACUGGUGGAGCGUAUGCAAGAUGCACCAAUUGACACUGGUGAGUCGAACGCUGAGGAGCGCCGGAAGGCACUUCGUAUUGCACUCGCCCGACGCAUGAAACAGGAUCUGAUGGAUGCCUCCGACGAUAAAGUUGCCAACCAAAAGAUCCAAAUGACAGACCUUGAUGACAAGCUCAAGCGCGUUGAAGAAAUGCGCAAGGUCAACCAAAAGAAAGAAGACGAGACCAUGGUGGAGCUUUCCAAGUUCUACCACGACUGCAUCAAGUUUUUCGCAUAG